AUGGUGGAACCAUGGGAUCGUACCACCGACUCCCCCACCCUCUCCAUCCUAUAUUGCUGUGCUAACUCCACUACAUCAUCAUCACCAAGUGGAUCCACCCUGACAUUCGCCGCUUCUUCUUGGGCCAUUUCUAUGCACUCACUAAGAGAAAAGGGGAGGACCAAGAAGCUCACAAUGUUGUCCAUUUUAGCAUUGAUGUUGGUGGUGGCAGCAGUGGCGACAAAGGAGGAAGAUGAGAAGGAAUGCGCCAACCAGCUUGCCAACCUGGUGGCCUGCAUUCCAUUCGUGAGUGGGGCUGCCAAGAAGCCAACACAGCAGUGCUGCAACGACACCCAGAAAGUGAAGAGUGCCAAGCCCAAAUGUUUGUGUGUUCUUAUCAAGGAGAGCACUGAUCCUUCUAUGGGCCUCAAUGUCAAUACCACUCUGGCACUUCAAAUGCCUUCUGCUUGCAACAUUGAUGCCAAAGUCUCCAAUUGCCCCCCUUUACUCAAUCUCUCACCAGAUUCACCUGAUGCAAAGAUCUUCAAAGAAGCAGGUGUAGAUUCGAGCAGCAUGAGCUCAACGACAGAUUCACUGCCCACUUCUGCUUCCACUUCAUCUGGUUCAUCAUCAUCUUCUUCUUCUGGGACUGGUUCGAGUUUGGAAUCAAAAGCCACUCCAAGCAGCAAUGAUGUAGCAGAGUUGAGUGGAAGCUUGUUGCCGAUGAUCAGUCUGGUUUCAGUAACAUGGAUGUUUAUUUGAGCUGCAAACAGCUCCUCAGCUCAUGUAUGAGCUGAAAAUGGUGCAGAGAAAUUUAGCAGUUUGUUUCCGAGUUUUUCUUUUUUCUUUUCCAGUUUGUUUCCCUUUUCACUAGCAUAAUAACAAAAAUAAGAUCAAGAGCACCUGUCUUGUAAUGAAUUUUCGUUACUGUAUUAUAAGCUUUCAUAAGCUACAACGCAAUUCCCAAAAGCCGUUUUCAGUAUCAGUUAGCCAAACAAAUUUUCUGUGUUUCCAAAAAAAAAUGAAAA